CGUGACUGCUGUUACGUCAGAGAGUCCUGGACCUUUAGCGGGAUGGUAUCUAGCCGCUACCGAUCUGGUCGUGUCUUGAAGUGAUGAUAUUCAGAAAAAGCAGUCAUGGCUGCCUUGUACCAUACUUCAUAUUCUGAGGAAAGGCUGAGCCAAGUGAGAAAACUUACAUUAUGUCGGGAAUCUCAAGUAUCAACUUUAUUGGCCAUAUUUGGGGAGCGCUCACACCUCAGCUUUCCCUCCAUAUUUAUUUACGGACAUACUGGAACUGGGAAGACCUAUGUUCUUCAAACUAUGUUAAGUGUGCUUGAGCUCCCUCAUGUAAUUGUUAAUUGUGUGGAAUGCUUUUCACCUCGGCUGCUGUUUGAACAAAUUCUGAACCAGCUGCACAACCACUGCCCUUCUGCAGAAAACGAGUAUUCUUCCUACGAGAGAUGUGACACAUUUAAUGAAUUUGUUCGACUGUACAAAAAGGCAACAUCCAGUCACGAUCUGCAAGAUGAAACGCUUUACAUUGUACUCGAUAAAGCAGAACACCUGCGAGAAAUGGACGCAAACCUGUUGCCAGGCUUUCUUAGACUGCAAGAACUUACUGAGAGCAACAUGACUGUGAUAUUUCUGAGUGAAAUUGUUUGGGAAACUUUUCGUCCGAACACUGGGUGCUUUGAGCCACUGACUUUGUAUUUCUCUGAUUACAGUAAAGGGGAACUUCAAAAGAUUCUGUCCAGUGAUUAUCCUGACGAGUACGCUGCUGAUUUUUAUGCGUCAUACAUGAAUAUACUUCUCAGUGUUUUCUACUCUGUGUGCAGGGACAUAAAAGAACUUAGGCAUUUGGCUGCUCUGAAUUUCCCAAAGUAUUGUGAACCUGUCAUUAAAGGAGAAGCAAAAGAAAGUGAUUCACACAAGCUAUGGAGAAAUAUAGAGCCACAUUUAAAAAGAGCAAUGCAGACUGUUUAUCUCAGGGAGAUCUCUAGCUCGCAGUGGGAGAGAAUGCAGGAGGAAGAUAGGGAAGCAUCACAAUUGAAAGAUUUCAUCUCUAGUGACACUCCAGCUAUUGACUCAAGUGGGCCAUGAUGACCAGCUUGAUGGACCAAAGUAUAAGUGCACUGUUUCAUUGGAUUUUAUCAGAGCUGUGGCACGAACUGUGAACUUCGAUAUUAUUAGGUACUUGUAUGAUUUCCUGUGAAGACACCACUGCAGUAACAGCCAUAUAAGGCUUACUUUUCAUAUGAAGCUUCCUGUAUUGCCUUUGUAGGAAGUAAAUGAUCCACCAAUGAAGAGCACUUGAAACUGUUACAUAUGUUGUACUAUGUGAUAUUCACAUAUGGAUGCAAUAAAGGUUUACUUGAUAUA